AUGUCUCCCAGCUCACCGUUGCUAUAUACUGCCGGUACUCCAAACGGGCACAAGGUAUCGAUUGCUCUUGAAGAGCUCAAGGAAGCAUAUAAUUUCCAAUAUGAGGUCUACAAAAUCGAUUUUCAUAAAACCGAGCAAAAAGAGCCGUGGUUUCUAAAGAUUAAUCCCAAUGGACGGAUCCCAGCCUUGGUCGAUCGCUCGCGUGACAACUUUGCUGUAUUCGAAUCGGCAGCCAUUUUGCUCUAUAUUGCACAGCAUUACGAUGUUGAGCGCAAGUUCAGUUACGACCCAGUAAUAGACCCGGAUCUGUACUCGGAGCAGUUGCAAUGGCUGUUCUUUACUCAUGGGGGCAUUGGUCCGAUGCAAGGUCAGGCUGGCCACUUUUAUCGGUAUGCAGUCGAGAAAAUACCGUAUGCAAUCAACAGAUACAUCAAUGAAACAAAGCGCCUGUACUCAGUCGACCGGGAAUACCUUGUUGGACUAGGCAAGGGUAAAUAUGGUAUCGCUGAUAUCAACACAUACCCUUGGGUUCGUUUCAGCUCCUGGGUAGGCAUAGAAAGCCUAGAAGAAUUUCCGAACCUAGAUGCUUGGGUCAAACGCGUUUCAGAGAGGCCUCAGGUCAAGAGCGGGUUAGACAUCCCAGAUCCUCAGGGUCCUCCUAUGACGAAAGAGGAGGAGGAGAAGGCGGUCGAGGAGAGGCGCAAAUGGAUCCUUCAGACUCAGAAGUGA